AUGGGUAGCAAACAAUCAACACCAGCAGAAAUGGUAAUAUAUAAUGAACCUCCAAUCCGAUUUUCUCAUGGUUUGGUUAAUAAACUGCAACAAGAACUGCAAAAAGAGCGAUUGAGAAAAACACAACCAACAGUGGAUAAUGCCACUGAGCCUAUAUUACCUGAAGAUAUAGAGAAUAUCGUUCAAACUCGCGUUGAAAGGGAAUUGAAUCGUAUUAGGGAGCGUGAUGAAGAAAUACAGAGACGUAUUGAAGUCGAGUUAGUUAAACGUAGAGCCUUCAUUGAUGAUCAUGGUCUUAAUGCCGUAGUUACUGAACAAGAUAUAGAGGAAUUGAUUUUGCGGGUCGAAAGAAAAUAUGAAAAUAAAAUUCCAACGGAAUUGAUUGAACAACAAAGAGCAAUUAUUUCUUGUUACAAAAAUAAUAGUACACAUACUCUUGAUUGCUGGGAAGAAGUGCAGCAAUUUAAACGGAAAGUCCAAGAUGCUAUUCAGGAAUACGUUAUUUCUAAUUAA